UUGGCUACCUUCUGUGGAGGAGAGAGACAGCUUCAAAUACCUCUCCGAUUCUCCACCUCUUAGCUAAGGCUUUGAUCAUUUCUUAGUUAUGCCAGGGAGGAGACCACGUCCGAUGAUCGGAAAAUUGUCUGAACUAUUUGUGGCCGGCAAAAAGCCCGGAUUUUUCUUGGAUGCUGCUGCAAGCCCCACAGGUUCAUCAGACAUCAAAACUCCAUCACCAAAAGGUAUGAAGAGAUUUGAUGCUGGUGGGGUUGGACUAGGAAUCGUUGCUGCACUUGAUAAGCAUUCUGUUUGUAGCUCAAAUUUGAUUGUUGUCAAUUUUUGCAAGAAUCGUGAUGGAUUUAGGGGAAGACAUGAGGAUUUAGAGAUGGAAAAUUUGGAGGAGAUUACUUAUGUGAUUAGCCAUGGAUCAGGGAAGUCAUCAUCAUCUACAAAGGUGUAUUAUGAUGGUGGUGAACAAAGGAGAAAAUGUAAUAAUGGGGCAAGAUCUGUGGAAGAUUUUAGUUACCCAACUUCAGAUUUUCUCAGUUGUUGUCAUCUUUGCAGGAAACAGCUGCAUGGCAAAGACAUUUACAUGUACAGGGGAGAGAAAGCUUUUUGCAGUUCAGAGUGUAGGGCAACGCAAAUAAUGACGGAUGAGAGGAGAGAACGGUGCAGAUCAGAAGUUUCAAGGUCUGCAAAAGUAUCAACAUCUUGUGCUUCAGGGGAGAUCUUCUUCUCAACUGGUAUUCUUGCAAUUUAGGCCUCACCAACCAAGCUUAUAACGUACAUCUACCGGAAAAUACAGUAACUUCAUGAGGAUUAGUAAGAACUUUUAUUUAAAACAAAAAAGGAAAUUUUGGUCGGAUUGGAGCAGUGAUGUAUAGGUUGUAAUGAGAAUAACUAUGGAAUUUGAUGAAGAAAUGAACUUCCUUUUGUACUUUA